AUGGAAUUACUCACCAACUUAGUUGUCCCUACACACCUGAGCAGAACGGUCUUGCUGAACGCAAGCACCGUCAUCUUUUGGAAACUACUCGUGUUUCAAUCCCCUCACCAAUCGAAUCGGUGCGGAUAUGCCUUCCGGCGAGAAUGCAGGCCUGAAGAUUGGAAGGCGUUGCGUGCAGUGGAGAAGGUGUCGGUGGGAGCCGGUGUGCUGCCGGCAACGGCCGGUGGUGAUGGGCUGGAGGGGGAGGUGAUGUACAUGAGGGCAAUGUUUGAGCGGGUAGUUGGGUCAAAGGACACCGAGGCCUUCUACAUGAUCAAUCCUGAUGGCCAUGGUGGGCCUGAGCUCAGCGUUUUCCUCCUCAGAGAAUAG